UCGAUACGCGCCAUCGAGUGAGUCGCACGCUCCUCUAAUGCAAUAGUGGUACUUCCACGCGCUAACAGAGAUGGAGGGGAUACCUCCUAGCCAGAGCAUGCCUGAACCCGACGAAGGCAUAACUUCCGACCGUCGUCCGUCUACCGACGAAAAUGCUGAUCUUUCAGACACGGCUUCCGAAGCCGGCUCCGGCGGCGGAAAAGAUUCUGGCUGCGAAGUCGCUCCCGACCCGCAGGAACCGCCAUACGCACCACCUGACGAGGAGCUAGCCAACCGUAUAGCCUCCCAAGUGGAGUUCUACUUCUCGGAUGCUAAUAUUACUAAAGACGCUUUCCUGCUUAAGCACGUGCGAAGGAAUAAGGAAGGAUAUGUCUCUCUAAAAUUGAUAUCCAGUUUCAAACGAGUAAAACAUCUUACAAAGGAUUGGCGAGUGGUAGCAGAAGCCUUGAAGAAGUCUACAAAAUUGGAAAUUAAUGAAGCGGGAACUAAAUUACGUCGAAUCGAUCCUCUUCCCGCAUACGAUGAGACGACACCCUCAAGGACGGUAGUAGCUGUGAAGAUGCCUAUAGAUCGCCCGUCAGUAGAAAAUGUGUCAAGGUUAUUUGCGGGCUGUGGUGAAAUUGCUUUGGUUAGAGUACUACGUCCUGGAAAUCCAGUUCCUGCUGAUGUCCGGCAGUUCCUAAAUAAAAAUCCCAGUCUUGUUAAUUGUGUGUGUGCGUUGGUUGAGUUUACAGAGUCUGAAGCAGCUCGAAGUGCACUAAAGCUUCAGACCUCUGAAGAAGAUGGUAUGAAAGUGUAUGAGUUAAACGGAGUCCCUAGGGAACCGAAAAGGAAAACUCCAAUUCGCCGUGCAACACCGAGGCGUCAUGAAUGUGAAUAUUCAUCAUGCUGUAGUGGAUCAGAACCUGAAUUUGACUACAGAUAUGUCGCACCAUUUUACAGAAGGAAUUCAAGUGGAUUUUUCACGCCGCGUUCUCCUGAAAUUCAAACAUGGGUGCCCCGUCGGCAAUCGACUUGCAGUCAUAGCUCAGAUUCUGGAGUUUCUUUCUUCUGUGGUUCUCGCCGAGCUUCUCAAGCGAGUACCGGAAGUGCAAGUAGCGCUGAAGGCUGGUUGUCAAGAAGGCUCUCAGGUUGUUCGUUGACAGGAACAGAAUGUGGUGGCAGGAGGUUAUCCUGCACGCCUCGUUUUGAACCUCGAGCUCCUUUAGUUCCAGACGGCACAAGGGGCUUCCAUGCGGCUUCCCGUCAGCGUAGAAUCUCGGACCUUGCGUUAUAUUCGCGCUAGAAAGCGCCCGCCAACCGUGACACCUUUCUAAUGACGAUGGAUAACUUACCUUUCACGUUAUGCCUGCUAGGUUCAACAACGAGGAAGUGAAGUAGGUGUGUUAGUUGUAUUCUUAUUUUAUCUCCUUUUUGUGAAGUUACCUAAAUGUCGUUGAUUCGGCGUAUGUGAUCGCUCAUUUAUUUAGAAUAGUUGUUUAAUUUAUUACAUCUAGUUUUUAAUUUAUUAGUAUUUAUAACCGCGUAUUUAUUGCGGCUUGGACGUGCGCUGUGGGCGAGUUUUCAUCCAUGUAUGUCAGAGUUGUGAGCACAAAAUUUAAAUAGACAAAGUCGACAUCCAAGAAAAUGUAGGCUCAAAUCUGGAAUGCAAGAUAGUGAAAUGACAGAGCGUGGGGUUUCGUAAAUACAGCUGAAUGCACUCGCAUUUACAUAAUAUGUCGUAAAGAUGAAACGCUGGUCUCUGCCGUUGGCGUGCUUUAUUGGUGGGCACAAUGCGCGAACGCAAAACCGUCCAUUGUAAUAUUAAGUCAUAAUCUUAAGUCAGUCGCGCCAUCAUACUUUCAUUUGAUUUGUAAUGUUAUGUUUUAAGUUUUGUUGUGAUUUUACAUGUAAAGUUAUGUAACCGUAAGUGAAAGUUAUAGCAUUCGAAGCGAUACGAACGCGUCGGCUGCAAUACUUUCUCACUUACGCUUUUUUAUUUAUUAUCUUUUGAGGAAGAUUUUUUUUUGUAAAUUGGCUUUUGGCACAAUGUUUUCUGGUGCUUUUUACGUCUCCUCUGCUAUUGUAAAAUAAAUAAGU